GAGAAGAAGAAGACGAAGAGCAGCAGCAUCAGAAGGAUCAGCGGACAUGAAGCCUCCCAGAGCACCAACAGGACAUCUCAACCUGCUGCACUUCCUGUUGGGUGUGUUCCUGAUUGUUUAUGAAGGGGGCGUCGGCCUGGAGCUGCAGCCAUCAACCAAUCAAGUUCUGCUCAACUCAACCUCCAACUUCACUGUGGUGUGUUCGGGGUGGAGUCAUGUGACGUGGCGGCUACCUCACGACUCUCAGGUGGACGGAGUUGUUAUUGAGAACCAGGGGUCCAGCAGCGUCCUGCAGCUCUUUAACGCCACCUGGAGGAAUUCUGGGAGAUACACCUGUGAGGAGGUGUCGUCCUAUCAGAGCAGAGCAUUGGACAUAUUCAUACCUGGUCAGGGUCCGGAGGAAUGGUUCGUUCCACUGGGUCCAGGUGUGGUGAUGAAGGAGGCGGAGGAAGAUACUAUCCCCUGCGUGGUGUCCGACCCGCGACUCAACAUCUCGCUGUACGAACGUCCCGGCAGGACGCCGGUUACAGUGACGACGUAUGAGCCGGGCCGUGGCUUCACUGGACGUCUGAACGACUCGUCGUACGUCUGCUCGGCCACCCGUGGAGACGAAGAGCGAGAGUCUCAGGUGUACUACGUGUUCAGCAUCGUAGUUCCUAAGGUGAUGGAGGUGGACCUGUCUGUGUCCAGCAGUGUGUUGAAACAGGGGGAGGUUCUGACUGUAAACUGCACCGUCAAAGACACCGAGAUAGUCUUCUUCUCCUGGGACUUCCCCCGCAGACAGGAAAUCGAACCUCUGACGGACUUUCUGCCCAAUCGGAUCCGCUCCUUCGUUAAUAUCUCCACAGCAACGGUGGCAGAUUCCGGAGGUCAAACGAUCCGUCUCCAUGGUAACGUUGUUGUUUAGUUUGUUGGUAACCACAGCGAUGGAGAUACCAACGUGUCGUCUCUCUUCCACCAAUCGGUGGAGUUCAGUGUGGAGGUCGACGCCCACCCACCCCCCACCAUCCUCUGGACCAAAGACAACAACACCGUCUCCACAGAAACCACCUCCGUCACCACCACGCACCUAAAGGGAAGCAGGUACGUGAGCAGACUGAUGCUGGUUCGAGUUCAGGUGGAUCAGACAGGAAAUUACACAGCAACUGUUUCCAACGAGGACGACAUUGUGGAAGUCUUCUUCCACCUCGAGGUCAAAGCGCCCCCCAGGAUCACGUCUCUGUUGGAGGCUGGCAGAAAGUCCAUCCUGUGCGUCAGCGAGGGAGCUCCGCCCCCAUCUGUCACCUGGUACACCUGUCACAGUUCACACAGGUGCAGUAAUCUGACGGGCGGCUGGAGGAGCCUAUCAGCAGCCUCGGAGGGCAUGGCUCUGCAGGAGAAUGUCACGGAGCAGAGAGGCGUCACCCAGGUACGCAGUGUGCUGACUCUGCAGAGUCACACCUCCGUGUCAGCUGUUCGCUGUGAAGCCAAAAACUCAGCAGGACGACGAGCCAGAGACCUGCGAGUACUGUCCAGCUCUCUCCAGUCUCAGGUUGCAGUCUUGGCAGCAGUUCUGGUUCUGGUCGUCAUCGCCGUCGUCUUCCUCAUCAUCCUCAUCCUCCUCUGGAGAAAAAAACCUCGUUAUGAAGUCCGGUGGAAGCUGAUUGAGUCGGUGAGUCCUGACGGACAGCUGUACUCAUACCUAAACCCCGCCCACCUGCCCUAUGACUCCAGCUGGGAAGUACCUCGAGACAAAGUAGUACUAGGCCAGGUGUUGGGUUCAGGUGCGUUUGGUCGUGUUGUGAUGGCGUCCGUCUCCGGUCUGCUUUCCUCUCAUUCUACAACGAAAGUUGCCGUGAAGAUGGUGAAACCCAGCAGCGGAGCAGCUCAGUCUCUGAUGUCGGAGUUGAAGGUUUUCGUUCAUCUUGGUCCUCACCUGAACGUGGUCAACCUGCUGGGAGCGUGCACGAGAGGAGGCCCUGUCUAUCUGAUCACUGAGUUCUGUUGCCAUGGAGACCUGGUGAACUACCUGCAGAGGAACAAACACACCUUCUUACAGAGAGACAGACACAGCAAGAGUGACAGUGAUGGAGGUUACAUGGACAUGAAUAAAGAAGAGAACGUACAGUACAUCGCCAGGAAGGAGCUCAGCUACGCCGACAUCGAACCUGCGGCGUACGAGACGCCGUACACACCGGCAGACCAGCAGGAGGUGCCGUCUGUCCUCCUCAGUGACUCUCCUCUCCUGACUCUCAACGACCUCCUCAGCUUCUCCUACCAGGUCUCCCAGGCCAUGGACUUCCUCUCCUCCAGAAGAUGUGUCCACAGAGACCUGGCUGCGAGGAACAUCCUGGUCAGUGAGGGGAAGCUGGUGAAGAUCUGUGACUUUGGUUUGGCCAGAGAUCUGAUGAAGGACCAGGACUACAUCGCCAGAGGAAACAGCUUCUUGCCCGUGAAAUGGAUGUCUCCAGAGAGUAUUUUCCAGAACAUUUACAGCUCUCAGAGUGAUGUCUGGUCUUAUGGAAUCUUACUGUGGGAGAUCUUCUCUCUUGGUGCUAGUCCGUACCCUGACCUCCCUCUGAACCAGGACUUCUACUCUUCUCUGCAGAGAGGCUACAGGAUGAGUGGACCUGAACUGGCUCCUCUCAACAUGUAUGAUCUGAUAAAACAGUGUUGGGACGAGAAACCUGAGUCCAGACCGUCUUUCUCCUCUCUGGUCAUCUCCGUGGGCAACAUGUUGACUGACAACUACAAAAAGCGUUACCUCCAGCUGACCGAGGACUUCCUGAACGGUGACAGUCCGGCUGUUGCACGAUCCAGAUGGAGUCCUUCUGGACAGAAUGACGGACAAACGGCCACAAGCAGAAGCCCCGCCCCUCAAGUGACCGUUCAACUGUUUGAGACGGAGCCAGAGGAGGCAGGCUUCUCCCACGGUACCUACAUCAUCCCCAACACCGACGUCACCAUAGAAACCAGCGGAGGCGCUGCGCUGGACGCAGUCAGCCCUCAGCUGUCAAAGUCACAGGAAGUGACACCAUCAGAGGACAGACAGGAAGUCGAGGAACCUCCCGAUUCGCCACGCAGUUGUGACGAAGAGGAGAGCUGCCUGUGAAAGGAUCAGCUGCCUUCCAAACUGGAUGAAGGGCUUAAAUAACCUAAAGUAGUCUUCCUGCCAGGCAGAACAUAGGGCCGUAUCUGACUGUAUCUGAACCGCAUCUGAACCUUUUAGUCAUAACAUGACAUCAUCGACAGACAGUGACAAGGUUCUGCUGGAAUAUUAGGGUUAUUUUACCCAAAGUGAAGACUGUAAGGCUGCCAUAUGAAAAGAGCUUUGAAACUUGUUUUUUAAUCAUUUUUUAAUCGCCUCCACAAACAUAAACAAUAUUUCUAUAUUAAGUAAACUGCAGCAGGUCCUGAAUCUGAUUUAUAACAUCAUAAUAUUCAGCUGCAUUGUCUUUAUUUACUUUGUAGUAUUCUGAAGUGUCUGUGUAUAUCUGUGUUAUAAUCUUUUUUAUGUUUAUUCAAACUGCUUUUAGACAGACUGAUCUGAUUCAUGUUGAACUUUAUCAAAUAAAUAUCAAAAUAAAAUCCAA